UAGCAGCGUCAUCGACAUCGGGAAACUUCCGAAAAACAUGUCGUCUAACGUGACCGAAAGAGCUCUGCAAAUCCUGCGCUAUUUACCGCGCGUCUCCAUCUCCAACUUGCGAGACACUCCGGGAAGCACGUACGUCACCGCCGGUAUGAUGACCCGUGGCCAGCGGUUCCAGGCGCUGCACCCUCACAAGGGCAGCAAGCAGCGCAUGGGCUACGCGCGGCUGGGUUUCGAAGGCGGCCAGUCGCCCUUCUACCUCAAGAUCCCGAUGGAGAACUACAACGAGAAACACCACCUGCGCCGCCAGUACCCGCCGCUGUCCCUCAAACAGCUGCAGCUCCUCAUCGACCUGGGCAGAGUGGACCCCAAGCAGCCGAUCGACCUGGCCACGCUCUGCAACACCAAGAUUUACGACAUCACGCCGAUGGAGCGGCACUUCGGAGUCCAACUGACGGCGGAGGGCAUCGACAACUUCAAGGCCAAGGUGAAUAUCGAAGUCCAGCACGCCAAGGAGCCCGUCAUCGCGGCCAUCGAGAGAAACGGAGGCGUCAUCACGACGGCCUACUUCGACAUCAACAGCGUCACGGCCCUGCGCAACCCCGAGGCCUUCUUCAAGACUGGCAAGCCGAUCCCCAAGAGGAGACUUCCUCCCGAAGACGCCAUCCGGUACUACAGCGACCCGGCCAUGAGGGGCUACCUGGCCGACCCAGCUGAGGUGGCCAAGGAGCGCUUCCUGCUGGCCCAGAAGUACGGCUACGAGCUGCCCGACGUCGCGAGCGACCCCGACGCCGAGAUGCUCAUGGCGCGGAAGGAUCCGCUGCAGGUCUUCUAUGGUCUGCAGCCUGGGUGGGUGGUCAACCUCAGGGACAAGUGCAUUCUCAGGCCGACGGAUCCAGAGUACCAGGAGUACUACAACAGCUGACUUUGAGAUCUUCAUGGGCGUCAUCUCUAGUUGAUGUGUUGUAGAAAUAAUGUUAAAUAAAACCUAAAGAAAAGAUAACUGUCAAGUAAUGGUUAUGUUUUCUAAGGUCCGCCUGUCUGUA